CAUUUGUAGUGUUAAAACCAUAUUUGAUUUCGUUGGUGCAGCGCAUGAUCAGAUCAGAUGCACUGUUGAUCAUUUUCUUUUGACUUGGCCAUCCACCUCUGCGUCUCGUGAUCCGCAAUGAACACCACUAUCAGCUCCUUUGUUCACAGCACUGGCAGGCAGCUGACAAUGGCCACCACCAUCCCUUCUGUCGGUGCUUUCAGCGGCUUAAGUGUGAAUACGCCCAUAGGAGACAUGCCGAGCUCUACAACAGAGCCCCUCGUGGAGAACUUCACUCUCACCACAGAUUACUAUGAUUAUGACACUGAAUUUCUAGAGGGCUUCGGUCUCUGUCGGUAUGAGCCUCACGGUGCCAGUUUCCUUCCAGCCCUCUACUCCGUCUUCUUCCUCGCUGGCCUUCUGGGUAAUUCCCUGGUCAUCUGGGUCAUUGCCUGCGGGGCGCGACUCCGCAGCAUGACCGACGUGUGCCUCCUCAACCUGGCUGUGGCUGACCUUCUCCUGGUGUGCUCCCUCCCCUUCCUCGCCCACCAAGCCCGCGACCAGUGGCUGUUCGGGGACGCCAUGUGCAAAAUGGUCCUGGGCGUUUAUCAAAUCGCUUUCUACUGCGGGAUCUUCUUCAUCAGUCUGAUGAGCAUCGACCGCUACUUGGCCGUGGUGCACGCUGUUUACGCCAUGAGAGCACGGACAAGAUCCUUCGGAAUGAUCGCAGCUGCCGUCACGUGGGUGGCCGGAUUUUUGGCUUCUUUCCCUGACCUGGUCUUUCUCAGCGAGAAGAGAGGCAGCGGCAAUGUAACUCACUGCUACCCCGCAUUCCCCAAAGCCGCACCAGAGGGUGGCAGCACAGGCACCUCUCACUUCUGGAGGGUGUUCAGCCUUUUCAAAAUGAACAUUCUGGGCCUGUUCAUCCCGUUUGUCAUCAUGAGCUUCUGCUACUCCCAGAUCGUGUGGAGACUGCUGUACAGCCAGUCAUCCAAGAAACAGGCCAUCCGAUUAGUUCUGAUGGUGGUGGCUGUCUUCUUCUGCUGCUGGAUUCCCUACAACGUCGCGUCGUUCUUCAGCGCGCUGGAGCUAUUGGACGUCUACUCGGAGUGCGAGAGCAGCAAGGCCAUCCGACUGGCCCUACAAGUCACCGAGGCCGUCGCCUACUCUCACAGCUGCCUCAACCCCAUCCUGUAUGUGUUUGUCGGGGAGAAGUUCAGGAGGCACCUGCUGAGGCUGAUAAACAGGACACCCUGCAGACUGUGCCAGGUGAUCAAGGUCUACCUGCCGCAGGAUAGAAUCGCGGGGUCGGUCUACUCUCAGACCACCAGUGUGGAUGAGAGGAGCACAGCUGUGUGAAGUGGGGGAAGUGGUUUUGGUGUGCUUAUCUGCCAUCUCCACAGUGAAAAAGGUUUCCUGUGACGUCAGAAAUCUUUGCAAUCGUGACAUCUAAUAUGUUGGUGUACAAAAGUACAGGGGAAGGGUGCAGUGAAUUUUAGAUACUUUAAAAAAAAAAAAAAAUGUUGGAAAAGAGAUUGUAUCUGCUCUGGCAAUUUUAGGUCAGUUGUUGUUUUGAACUGAAUCUUGGUUCCCCCCCCCCCCUUUUCUUUUCUUUUGGAUCACGUGUGAUUGAGAGUGAGAAACUGUGUCACCUACAACAGCUGUCAGCAACGUCAGCAUCAGACGCGUGAGCAGCCUCGUUUUAUCAUCAGCUGCCAAAAGAGAUAACCAAGAGCCUAACUUAGGCACCCAACAUGUCGGUCAGUAAGGGGAAACAGCUUUAUGCAACAAAUAUUACCUUUCACUUGCGCGCGAUGACCACUUGCACAACUGCAUCCGUUCUGCUUAAGAAGUGCCGCAUGUCAUAGAGCUCUCACUGCAGCUGACAGCCUUUGUUCUGCAGGUUUCACAGCAUCCGUAGCAGCAGAUUUGCACCUAACCUCAUCCUCACGUAAACCGCAACCUUGAGGGGAAGUAUGUAAGCGAGUCGUCAGUUUCAUCUUUGCAGUCUGUGUGCACAAAAAUGAGCGUUGGACUGUCAGAUUCUGACAACGUUCUGCUGCAUUUCAUGAAAAGAGAUCUGAGGCAAAAGUUUUGAGGAGAACGAUGCGAUGUAUUGAUGUAUGAAUUAUGUUACAUUUAAGUCAAUGAUUGUACUUUCUGGUUGAUUAUACUUUUGGUCUAGUGAUUGACCUUUGACUUUACACGCCAGUUUUUAUAUCGAUUCCGUUUUGCACUUUCAUAAAGUUGGGUGAUUCUAGACAGUCUCGCCGCCAAAUCACAAAAUGUGAAAUUUCUACGUAGUGCCGCUUUAAAAAGAUCAAAAUGUCAUCCUGACACUUACGCAGUUUUGAGUGGGUCAAGGUGCAUACACACCAAGUCAUGAUGCCACAAGUGUCUCUCAUUAGAGGCUCCCUGUCUGGUAUAUGCUACAUUUCUGUAAUGCAGGCUUUAACGUUUUGUUUUGCUGAAUUACAUCAUAACCUGUCAUAACAUCAUCAGUGGCACUGCGGUGUCUUUACGUUUGCUGUAUUCUUAUCGUGCUUUUCUACGUCAUUGUAUUUUUAUUCUUUUAUGUCGCGAAACACCGUGUUGAGAUUUGAGAAAUGUUUUGUUGUUGUUAUUAAUGCUGAUAUACAGAGCCAGUACAUGCCAACACAAGCAGAUAUUUUUUGGAGUGCUGAGGUCAUGUGAAAUAUGAAUGUAUAAUAAAAAGGUCUCUGGCUUCUUUCAAUAAAAUGCCCCAAAUAUUUGAUAAA